AUGGAGUUGACCAACAAAGAUGCGAGAGAGGCUUCAAAGUCCGCCACGGCAACCGAAUCCAACCCAUCGGCCACGGAAGCAGUCUUCGGCAUCGUUGAGCUCACUGAGGCGCUACUCGACCGCUUGCCCAUGAAAGACCUUGCACGUGCUCAACUGGUCUGUGAAGGAUGGAGGAAGGCGAUAUCGGGAUCGCUUCUGCUCCAGCGAAAUCUGUUCUACACUCCAAGACCCGUGAGCCGGCACAUCGAUUUUGACGAGCUUGCCUACGCCGAGAAAGAUGGUCAGGAGAACCACGUCGACGAUAGCGACGAGGCACAGCGCGAUUACGAUGAGAGCGAGAAUGGCGACGAACAUGACGAAAGCGAGUGCGACGAAUCCGCAUUGAGUACUGCAACGCGGGUGAUUGUCGAGAUGAACCCCUUAAUCCUCCACGGCAACGAGAUGAGAAAGAUUUGGCGCAAUCUGUUUUACUUGGGAGGUCUGUCAUACAUAUAUGAGCUCUCACGUGGGGUUGAGGUCCAAUUCAUCUCGCAAACUGCCUGUACAGAGAUCGAGAUCUGCUUUUGCGCUCGGUACGUGGACGUUUUCACUGUCUACAGGAACCGAGCGAAGAGGCGCAGAAUCAGGGCGCGUGAGUUCAUUCCAGGGGGCGAAGCUUUUCAAGACUUCUUCCGAGCAGAUGAGUUCGCAGUCUUGGGAGAGAUCGUGGGAGACGCAAUCUGCAUUCAGCAGUCUGACGGUAUUCGCAUCCGUCACGUACUAGAGGUAGUGUUUGGAGAGCUCCGUGAGCGGGAAGAAGUGGGCGAGGCGGAGGGAAAAUUGGACCGGCUGGAGAUUAUCAUAGGUCUGGUCGAUGGCGUGGCAGACAUGAGCUUGUGA